GAACAUGUUUUUAAAAACAAAAGCGUUUAUUUUGAUCCCGAAGCUGGCUUUUCUGCUGGUACUUUUAGCUGAAUCUAUUGAAAAUUGUCAACCGGACGAGCAAUGUGUCCAGCUGGUUCGUUGCCACCAUUUGGUAAAGAUUGUCCAGCUCAAGGACAAAACCUCGGUCCAAAAGAAAAUGCUUGAGCAAAGAAAGUGUGGACAACACAAAUCCUCAUUUUACUGCUGUCCCGAACCGGGAAAUAAGCUACCAAAUAAUAGGAUCUGCGGUCAAAGUCCACCCGUUUACCGAAUUACGCGUGGAAAGGAGGUGGAGCUUAAUUCGCUGCCAUGGAUGGUUAUGCUUUUAUAUCGAAACACCAAAACUUGGUAUGCGCCGCUGGUUCCCGCUUGUGGGGGCUCCUUGAUCAACAACCGCUACGUCCUGACCGCAGUCCACUGUCUGAUAAAAGGAGCGAGAAUGCCGGCGGACUUAGAAUUCAAAAGGGUGCGCCUGGGCGAGCAUAACACCACCUCCGAUAUCGACUGCGAGGAUCGGGGCAACGGCCUAAAGAAGCACUGUGCUCCCCGUCCGCUGGAAAUCGACGUGGAGAAGUAUAUUUUGCAUCCGGGCUACAACGAAAGCGAUGUAUUUCAUUCCGACAUCGCCCUGCUGAGACUGGAAAUACCAGUACGCUUCACGCCAGAAAUCAGACCAAUUUGUCUGCCGUUCCGCCGCUUUUCCCUUAGGAAAUCCAAAUUAAAAGUAGCCGGCUGGGGUCAAACGGAAACCGGAAAAGCCAGUCCCGUGUUGCUACAAACCACCGUUGUUAAACAAAAUGCAAAUGUUUGCAAAAAGCCAUAUUCCCACUUGCAAUUUACAUCUUCGAUACAAAUAUGUGCUGGGUCACGGUAUGGAUAUGACACCUGUAAUGGUGAUUCCGGCGGACCACUGAUGGCCACCCAUGGUCGGGGCUUCGAUGAAUUCGAAGUUGUUGUCGGAAUCACCUCUUAUGGAGGUCAACAAUGCGGAACGAAAGAAUUUCCUUCGGUAUUCACGAAAGUUAAAGCAUUUACAGAAUGGAUCAAGAGUAAUCUGGAGGCUUAGAAGCUUAGAAAUAUAACUUGGUUAAUAAUUAAAUCAUACAUCCUCGAAUUACAAAGACACUUGUAAGUUAUUUAAAACGUUAUUUUUCGGAAAAGUCAAGACAGAAACGGUUG